AUGUCGAACAACCCCGUCAACGAGGUCGGACACUUUGUCCAUGAGAACACCACCGCUCCCCCUCACCCCAGCUUGCUGGGAAUGUUCUCCCUGAAGGGCAAGACCGCCAUUGUCACCGGUUCUGGUGCUGGUAUUGGUCUCGCCGUGGCCAAUGGUCUGGCUGAGGCCGGUGCCAACGUUGCCUUCUGGUACAGCAACAACAGCAAGGCCCCAGAGCGCGCUGCUGAGGUCUCUCAGAAGUACGGUGUUCAGACCAAGGCAUACCAGUGUGACAUCACCAACGCCGAAGCCGUCCAGAAGACCGUCGACCAAUCUGUCCGCGAUUUCAAUGGUCGUCUGGAUGUUUUCAUUGCCAACGCUGGUGUCCCAUGGACUGAGGGCCCCAUGGUGGACGGUCCUCUUUCCCACUAUACCAAGGUUGUUGGCAUUGACCUGGAUGGUACCUUCUACUGCGCCAAGGCUGCUGCUGCCCACUGGAAGCGCCAGAAGGAGCAGGGUACCGACCUUAACGGAAAGCCCCUCACCAACUUCAACUACGGUAGCUUCGUGGCUACUGCCUCCAUGAGUGGUCACAUUGUCAACUUCCCUCAGAUGCAGGCCGCUUACAACGCUGCCAAGUGUGGUGUCAUCCACCUCUGCAAAUCUCUCGCCGUCGAAUGGGUCAAAUACGCCCGUGCCAACUCCAUUUCCCCCGGAUACAUUGCCACUGAGAUCUCCAGCUUCGUCCCUCAGUCGGUCAAGAACAUCUGGAAGGACAAGAUCCCCAUGGGUCGUGAGGGUCAGCCCGAGGAGCUCAAGGGUGCUUACCUCUACCUGGCCUCGGACGCCUCGACCUACACCACCGGUGCCGACCUGGUUGUCGACGGUGGAUACUGCGUUCCUUGA